CAGCCUAUAUAAUCGUUGGCGCGGGCUCGAAGCGCACGAUUUGCCGCCGUGUACAGAAAGUGCGCAAACCGAGCGAAUCUUUCGAAGUUACAGCAGCGCUUUCGUUCGUAAAAGAUGGCUCUGACACCGAUGAUCCGCCACUUGCUUGACGAUGUCGACAGACAGAUGUCAUUAUUCGACCAAAAUUUCGGCUUGGGUCUGACACACGACGAUUUGCUUCUCCCUCGUCUGUCUGUUGUCCCUAGUCUUUCUGGAUAUUACAGACCAUGGCGUCAUUUGGCAGCUCGUAACUCCGGCGUAUCUACCAUUCAGAAUAACAAAGAUGGGUUUAAGGUCAAUUUAGACGUCCAGCAGUUCAAACCGGAGGAGCUGACGGUAAAAGUGGUAGGCGACAGUGUGGUGGUAGAGGCAAAACAUGAGGAGCGUAAAGAUGAGCACGGAUACAUCUCGCGCCAGAUGCAGCGUCGCUAUUUGCUGCCGAAGGACGUCGUGACUGACCAGGUGCAGACGCAACUAUCAUCAGACGGCGUCCUCACCAUCUCGGCACCAAAGAAGGCUCUCCCUCCAGCAGAGGGCAGUGAGCGUGUAGUACAAAUUGUGCAAACAGGUGUUCCAGCAGUUACCGACCAGCAACAGCAGGGAGGAGAGAAGAUGGAGCAGUGAAAUCUUCAUUGAUGUGCAAACUAAAUUUUGUUGUUGUAUUGAUUGGUUAUUUCUUUGCCAUUAUGUUUUUCCUCCAAGAAAUUUAACAUUUCCCUUUUGUCUCUGAUAAGCUUUACAUAUGUCAAAGAUAGCAUUUAAUGACUUAAAUUAAUUUAAGUGUAAAACAUGUUUCAUACAAGUUAUCACAAAUGUCUUGUGGUGAAUAAUUAUCACUAGAAACAGAACACAAUAUAAGACUGAUAGUAUUUGUGUUGUGAAAUGGUAAAUAAAA